AUCAGAUGCCCUAAACCCUGAGGCCCUGCCGUGGCUGUGAGCGACUCCGCUGCACACUCGUACCGCCUUAGCGUCGGUUUCCUCUCACCUGUAUCGAAAUUCGAGAACCCGCAAUUUCCAAUCUGACACACCCUUGAUUCGCACUGGAAUUCACUUCGUUUGAUAGGUUGGGCAAGUUUUGUUUCCCGAUCGAUGUGAGUUGCGUUGUUUCGCUGCGUCGAAUUCUAUCUCCCUUUUUACAUUGCGCAGGAGAAAGACUGAUCGUGGAACUUGGUGCUGUGACAAUUUCUAAGCAUUUGUGCGUCUAUUAUGCUUCGUUUUUCCAUCAGCUCGUCUUAAGUUUUUGGCACCAACUAGACUUGAUAACAGCAUGGCAUCCCGAGAAGCUUUGGAAGAGUCUAAGAAUCUCGACUCGUCUCUUUACCAUGCACCUACUUUGCGUCCCGGCAUUGGUUCCCCUCGUUGUCCACGCUGCUCUGCACCUUUAUCGAAGGAUCUUCAAGCGAGUGGGUGGACCAUCGCUCCAUUUAUGCGAGAAAGUUUUGCCAUGGUUGGAACUGCAGCAGGAGGAACUCUCUCUAGCUUUUAUGCAUUUAACGCAGUGAUGCCGCACGUUAAGAAGAGGGUUGGGGGACCAAUUUGGUGGCAGUUUGUUGUGGGGCUACCACCAGUAUUAGUGUUUUCAGUCGGAUGCGCCGGACUUGCUGGUGGCGCACUGCCUGCACUUGCUCAGUUAUCAGUGUCUACGUAUCAUGCUGCGUCUGCACAAUCACACUCGGCGAUUUCUGCAAUAACCAUGAGAGUAGAGGAAAGAGGGACCAAUGCCCUGAUGCCGCAGUCUUCAAACCAAAAUCCCUCCCAAUCUCCUGUCAAUCAUAAAAGCUAAUUCAACCCCGUCUUUCCUUCUUCUAGUUUAAUUCUGAAUGCCUCUGCUUGGUCAACUGAGCUGAAAGCAAGUGUGAUGUCUUUUUCAGACAGCAUGUCACGAAAUGCACAAAGGUAAGUGCCAUGACAUUGGAAAUGAGGGUCCUUUGUUGGCAUGGCGCGAUGCAACCCAACAUUUCUUCCAUCAGCUUAAGGAAUACGAGAUCCCCUGCAUGCAUGCUUUUUGUGGAUAUGAACCACAUAAAGUGAUGGGGCACUGCGAUGUGCCGCGAAUCUUUGCAUGAUUCUUAUUACCGACAUUCUAUCCUCAUCCUACUGUUGCCUACUGUUGACCUAGACAUUUAGUCACCUGUGUGCAGGCCAGUUUCUCAAUCAAUUUGUACUUUUGCAUGUGGUAUUACAACACUUCUAUUGUAAAAAGCCCCGUGAAUUUAUAAAACAGCAGGAUCAUCUUCUACAUA